UGCAGCAAACCGGUAAAACAAAGCAUCACACUGUUUGGGACCUUGAUCUUCUUUAGGGCCACAAGCAAGUUGCUGAUAUCUCUCCUGCGUCAUCUCGACUCAGUGUUUCAGUCUUUCAUUAAACAGUACUCAUGUUUUGAAUGCGUCAUUGCAACUGAUUUUAUCGGGUGGACCUGGGGACCCCUUGUUGCCAUGGGGAAAUACAGCAAUGUGCCGAUGACACGGAGAAGCCAUUCUGUCGGAGGAAUCAACCUCGCUCGACGACCAAAGAGAAAUGUGUCAAUAAAAACCUAUGAUGACACGAUGGGAUUAUCGCGCACAGAGGAACGCGAGCUGAAGAAAGCACUGUAUGCUUCACUGCAGGAGUGUAAACGACUGGCUCGCUACCAGCUGGAUGCUGAUGAACAGCAUGUGCCACAACCAGUCCCUCGCCAAACUCGACCAAUCAGAAGCCGAUCCUGGCCAUACACGCCGUCUGUGUGCAGCACGGCCACGCCCAGCACAUGUGUCAGUGUUGACGAGAGCAGUCAGGACUCAGUCAAGUCUUCUGUCAGCUCUGUGGUGGAACAGAAGACCAGACAGGAGAGGAAGAUCCAUGCACAGCGCAAGUUUGCCCAGGGGUCACUUCCUCCGACCCCAAGUACCACUCCAGUGAAGGUCAAGGCCUCUCCCAUCAAACUUCUGCCGAGACGAGCCAAGACUGAGGACUUCCUGACCUUCCUCUGUCUGCGAGGCUCCUCUGUCCUUCCUCCUCACUUGGACUUCUUCAACUUCUCCAGAGGAGAGCCCUCCCAUGGGGAGAUAAGCGCUCCAGAGACACCCCCACGUCCGGAGCCUGGAUCCAAGUGUGAGAGAACAAGGGAGAGCACUCCCGAGUCAUCCAGUGUCAGCACCAACGAUGAGCUGUACGAGAUAGGAACGCCAUCACCCUGUAGUGUUAUAGCCAAUGGGCGGAACGGCGUGAGUGCCAGGAAAGCAGCCCGAGCCAGCGCCAGCACGCCGGAGACAGCCCGGGGCAUCGUCAGCCUCAGUCAAGGCCUCACCAAGAAAGCUACACGCCCUCAAGUAACAUAUUUUUGGCGAGCUCAGCGUCUUCAUGACACAGUAGAGAAAUUAUGGUGGAAAAGUGGCUAUGUCAUUGAGCGGGAUCAGUGUGGCACUUUGACACCUGACCUGAAGAUCCCACUUCUGUCACCUCAAUCAGGCUGUCCGGCAUCUGACCAGAAGAUCCCACUUCUGUCACCUCAAUCAGGCUGUCCGGCAUCUGACCAGAAGAUCCCACUUCUGUCACCUCAAUCAGGCUGUCCGGCAUCUGACCAGAAGAUCCCACUUCUGUCACCUCAAUCAGGCCGUCCGGCAUCUGACCAGAAGAUCCCACUUCUGUCACCUCAAUCAGGCUGUCCGGCAUCUGACCAGAAGAUCCCACUUCUGUCACCUCAAUCAGGCUGUCCGGCAUCUGACCAGAAGAUCCCACUUCUGUCACCUCAAUCAGGCUGUCCGGCAUCUGACCAGAAGAUCCCACUUCUGUCACCUCAAUCAGGCCGUCCGGCAUCUGACCAGAAGAUCCCACUUCUGUCACCUCAAUCAGGCCGUCCGGCAUCUGACCAGAAGAUCCCACUUCUGUCACCUCAAUCAGGCCGUCCGGCAUCUGACCAGAAGAUCCCACUUCUGUCACCUCAAUCAGGCUGUCCGGCAUCUGACCAGAAGAUCCCACUUCUGUCACCUCAAUCAGGCUAUCCGGCAUCUGACACAAAGAUGCCAAUUCUGUCACCUCAAUCAGGCUGUCCGGCGUCUCCUGACCAAAGGAUCCAACUAAAGUCACUUCAAUUUGGCUGUCCAGAAUCUGACCCAACGAUGCCACUUCUGUCACCUCAAUCAUUCUGUCCGGCAUCUCCUGAUGAGUGGAAAGUUCCUGCAGAGCUUAAAUGUCCAAAGCAUUCCAUUGUGACUGAACUUCCUGAGUGUCCGGAGCAUCAAGAGUCCCAGGCUGUAGUCAGGGUGGAGGAUGGACGCGGGGAAACUUACCUCCCAGUUCUUGAUGAACAGACUGGAGUCUUCAAAUUAGAAAUAAGGGCUAGUAGAUUACACAGUCUUCGUGAACACACAGAUGGUGGCAAAUCAAUGUCCCAGAUCAUGUCACAGUCAGACGACUUAGAUGAAGGUACGGAGACAGGAGGAGGUGUUUUGGAAGAAAUAGAUGAUGUCACUUCUCAGACUGGCGGCGGUGGAGCAGAUACUGUUCACACCGGAACAAAGCCAAGGGAUCCGACUGUUCCAGAUCUCUCACAGACAGCAUGUUUUGUUACAAUAGUUUAUGAACAAAGAAGACGCAGAUGUGUUGAGGAUGACAAUAUUCAGAAUUUGCCGAGGUACAUCACAUCUGAAACAAGACAUGACCCAGGGCUUGCAUCACAGGUGAAUGUUCUAUUCCCCGAGAUGGAACCUCCUGGUAUUGAAAACCAUCCAGAGACCCAAGUUGUGCACAGUCAGUGUAACAGUCAGCCUCAGUGUGUGGAAGGUCAGUCUGUACAUGAUACCUUUCAGUCUGACAAACACACUCGCCAGGCAUCCAAACAAGAUACAUUUGAAGAAUACCUCAAGAACCUGCCCCAAGAAUGUGUGAUUGGCCUGGGACAUGUUCAGCCCACUGAAUUGAGUUACAUGUCUAGUUCAGGCACGUCUAUAUCAGAUGCUCCUUGUGAAGGAUGGACAAACAAUAGUGCAGGAAUGGCUUCCGGACACAGGGGAAGGAUCAUGGCGGCUUCUUUGCUUCCACAUAGACAAGUUGAGUGGCAGCCAGACUCCGGAAUCACAUCUGAUGGAAAGAUUCUGAAUUUAGAGACCAGUGAAUGGCCAACACAGAGAGGAAAUAUGUCCUUCAGACAUGACGACCUGGACCUGGUGCAGGAUUCUCCAAUGCUGAAGCCAGUGAACGAUGUCGCCUGUGGUCACCAGGGGAUGAGGGGCACAUGUGAAGAUGCUUGUGCCACGGAGGACUUGCUGCUGAGUUGUGUGGAUGACAGAUACUUCAGUGGAGAUGACAGAUACUUCAGUGGAGCGCUGUCACCAUCAGAUGAUUACUUCUACCAGGACUUGUUGAAGCCGUGUCCAAAGUCUUGUCGUCUUGACGAUCUGCUGUGGCCAGAUGUUCCUGAGAGAGGUGAUGCAAGAUUUCACUCCCACGUUGAACUUCCAGAUGAAUUUUACGGCACAAUGGAGGAGGGUCGAUCCCCCUUGGACGGUGGAGAGCCACUUUAUCAGAGUGUAACCCCGGGGUUAGAGUUCCACCAGGGGGUUGAUCCAGGGCUCAGUGGGGCACUGGGUAAUAGUCCAAGAUCCCUGCAGAUCCACCACAAUGUUCAUGAAGAAAAAGAAAGACGUAUCUGCUCUAAGUAUUCUGGAGAAUUGGAUAGUUUUGAAAUUAUUUCCUCAUAUAGAAACAGACAUGUGCAGCUUAAAGAUAUAAGUACAAAACCCCGAGAAUCACUCUCAGUACAUUGUCAUAACGUGCAUUGUAGCCAUAUUGGAAGGAUGUCCUCACACACUGGACAAUCCCCUAGGGAACAGUUGUCAUUGAUGGGGAGGAACAGUUUCUGUAGACACAGCCAGGCGUGGCAGACACAGGAGCCAAGGCAAGGGGAAGGGUCCAAGCCCAUGACAAAACUUCGGGAAAUGUUACUGUGUGCUGAUGUCGCUGCAUGUGGAAGGACCUCUGAUGGUCUUCAGAAGGAAGUGGACAAUGAUGCUGAUGUCGCUGCAUGUGGAAGGACCUCUGAUGGUCUUCAGAAGGAAGUGGACACUAAUGCUGAUGUCGCUGCAUGUGGAAGGACCUCUGAUGGUCUUCAGAAGGAAGUGGACAAUGAUGCUGAUGUCGCUGCAUGUGGAAGGACCUCUGAUGGUCUUCAGAAGGAAGUGGACAAUGAUGCUGAUGUCGCUUCAUGUGGAAGGACCUCUGAUGGUCUUCAGAAGGAAGUGGACACUAAUGCUCAUGUUGCUGCAUGUGGAAGGACCUCUGAUGGUCUUCAGAAGGAAGUGGACAAUGAUGCUGAUGUCGCUGCAUGUGGAAGGACCUCUGAUGGUCUUCAGAAGGAAGUGGACACUAAUGCUGAUGUUGCUGCAUGUGGAAGGAUCUCUGAUGGUCUUCAGAAGGAAGUGGACAAUGAUGCUGAUGUCGCUGCAUGUGGAAGGACCUCUGAUGGUCUUCAGAAGGAAGUGGACAAUGAUGCUGAUGUCGCUUCAUGUGGAAGGACCUCUGAUGGUCUUCAGAAGGAAGUGGACACUAAUGCUCAUGUUGCUGCAUGUGGAAGGACCUCUGAUGGUCUUCAGAAGGAAGUGGACAAUGAUGCUGAUGUCGCUGCAUGUGGAAGGACCUCUGAUGGUCUUCAGAAGGAAGUGGACACUAAUGCUGAUGUUGCUGCAUGUGGAAGGAUCUCUGAUGGUCAUCAGAAGGAAGUGGACAAUGAUGCUGAUGUUGCUGCAUGUGGAAGGAUCUCUGAUGGUCUUCAGAAGGAAGUGGACACUAAUGCUGAUGUUGCUGCAUGUGGAAGGAUCUCAGAUGGUCAUAAGAAAGAAACAGAUGUCUCCAACAGCUCCUACAGCUCCUCUUCUGCUGGGCCGACUGAUCCCCAGGCAGAACAUGGAUGCUGUAGAACCCAGGACAGUCCUGCAGCAGUUUCUCCAGUGGGGUACCGGGUGAAAAGGAUAAUUGUGAAACCGAGACAGUAUUCUUCAGCAACCGACAGCCCACCCCUAGAGAUCCGAGUAAUUGAGAGUUUGUCUCCUGAAACUAUUUGGGAGGAUCAAAGACAUGUUACACUUGGUCGAGUCAUCGGUUAUACCCCAUCCUCGUCUGUCACUCCGAGGACAACAGGGACAAGUACUGAGGUUUGUUCUGUGUCCUGCCAGGGAGACAGCAGAGAUGCUACCGCUGCUGGUGAUGUUGGUGAUAUUGAGGGGGAUGACCUGGAUUCAGCCCUUGCAUCACUAGCUGCUCAGUGUGAAGCCAUGAGAACAAGGAAGAGACGAGCAUCUCUUCUCCUUGGAAGAAGAUCUAAUGUUGGUACGCAAACUGUGUACGACAUAAAGAGCGAGUUUAGGCCUUCACUCUCUGACAGUCCUCGUCCCCGACCGUGUGAGACAUCGAACUGUAGGACGAACCUGAGAAACAAAUGUGACACUUUGGCCUGCUGGAAGCCAAGGAAGACAUUCUUGUGGAAGGAAAGUGAAAAGCCUAAAGUGAAAAAGGUUGAAACGGCGAUGUCCAAAUCAGAUGAGAACUGCCAUUGGAAACAAGGACAUGAUCUUUUCCCAAGCAAACAGUUGGGGAAACAGCCGAAAACAUGGACUAAAAUAUCCUCCAACAAACCUGGUAGGGUGGGAUUGCCCAGUGUCGGAUCGGCAACACACAGAGGCCAGAACCGAGAAACUCUGUACACAGACACAUCAGGAGACCUUGGACGGAGUGUACAGGUCACCAAACAAGAAAAGAAGCUGAUGGAAAUAACAAGGUCCUCUUCAGGACCAAAGCCGAUACACUCUAUGACCUUGGUCACAGAUAAAUCUGACCUUCACUGUCUCCAGCUGGAUAAGAGACCAGAUACUGUGGUCAAUCUGAAAGUCUGUUCCCCCGACACUGCUAGUGUUUCCCAACACCGCUUAGAGACCAAUCCGAGCCAAGGGCCAUCAGCCAGUGGUGUGCCACACACAGAGUCCAACAGUUUGACUGCACCAAGAGAAUCCAGAACCAAUAUUGAUCCACCGACGCACAUUGGUGCACGUCAGAGGGUUCCGCUUAAAAAAUGUGCCAAGAAAACCAACAUGGAAAUUUGUCCUGUGCGAGCCUCAGCUGAAAUUGUCCCCCUUUGUCCCCCACCAUACAGUGUUCAGAAAUGUGUGGAGGAGGCGGGAAGAAUGGGAAUCAAGAACAAGACGAGUCACGCAACCAGUGUUGACAAAGUACAGUUGUCAGAUCAGAAUACAGUGUAUGGUGCUGGGCGGCUGUUCCCACCACCCCCCUGUGUUAUGGCAUGUGGUAUAUGUGAGUCCUCCCACAAUUCCUUCAAGCCUGUGGACCCAGUCUCCCUCCACAGAAAGUCAUCUGCUCACACCUCCAGAAGUUUCAAAGAGAGGCUAAAGAGAAAGAAAGAAUUGGUUGAGCAGAAAUUUAGAGAGAGAGCAAUGAAGAAAACAGCUUUGUUGAAAGGCAAGUUGAAAAUGAGAUCUCACGACACAAAGAAAGGCGGACGAGUGGAUGAGGGCGCACGGAAGAAGAGUGGGAGGAUGGAGGAACACCCUCGCAAGAAGAGGAUGGUUCGCCGCAGUAGCGUGAGGCUGAAGGAACUCACUAAAGCUAUGAAAGCGAAGAAGAAGAGGAGAAGGGUGAUGGAGAUGGAGGAAGAAGAAGUGACGAUAACGCUUCCCCGUCCCAGUCGACCAGUGGGGAGGAAGAGGAACUUUGCUCCUCGUCCCGUGGGAGGAGGUGGCGUGACAGAUAUGCCACGAUUCGUUCGAGAGGAAGAGGACUUUCAAAUGUACAGUGAUGAUGACGAUGAUGAUGAUGAAGUAUCUUUCGGGAAGGUGUCGUCAAGUCCCAGGCCGCAGAGCGUGAAGGAGAGGAAGGAGAAGAGUUCGGGCAGGAAGAAGAAGGUGGUUGGUAUGAGGACGCGGAGCUCCAUCCAGAAGGUGGUGUCGUCUCCCGCCAAGAUUGUGGCAAGCAAACGACUGUCAGCUGUGAAGAAGUUGCGGAAGACCAAGGGGGACCAGAUGAUGCUGUCCAAGAUUAUUGAGAAGAGAAGGAGGCUCAAACAGGAGGAUGGGCAGGGGGAGGCAGCGAAGAGGGGGAGGAAACCCACAGGUUCAAAGAAACUUGGCAGUCCUGAGAAGCAGAGUCGUUCGGACUCCGCCCUGAAGGCUGACCUGUCCAGUCUGAUGGAGGUCCCGACGUUCCGCCCUUCGGAGGAGGAGUUCCGCGAUCCCAUCCAGUACAUUGAGAGUAUCCGGGAGCAGGCUGAGCCAUUUGGCAUGUGUCAGAUCAUCCCCCCUUCCAGCUGGAAGUGUGAGAGUAAGAUCAACGAGGACAUGAGAUUCACAGCCCAAGUCCAGCUGGUACACAAGCUGUACAAGAGGUGGGGUCCUAACAUCCAGUUCACAGCCUCAGCCAACAAGCACCUGGGCGCCAUAGGGGCCGAUCUGGAGCCGUCUCCCCAGAUCGGUGGAGUGGAGGUAGAUCUGUACAAGUUGUCGCGGACAAUCAUGGAGUUUGGGGGGAUGCAGAACGUGGUGGACAAGAAGAAGUGGGUGAAGAUCGCGGAUGCCAUGAAGAUCCCCAAACUGGCCCAGGACCGAGGGAUGCGUCUGUACGACGUGUACUGCAAGUACCUGCUGCCCUAUGACACGCUGUCCAUGGACGAGAAGACCUGCCUAGAGCAGUCCGUCAUGUCGGAGAGGCAGAGGAAGGAGAAAUCAGGGAAAGGGGAAGAUGAGGAGGCCAUCGUCAAGGGCAAAUCCAACCCACUGAGCACUUUCAACAGGGUUGCAAGGAAUGUCCGCUCCAUGUGGUUUAAGGACGAACCAACUCCAGAACAAGUUGAGUGUGAGUACUGGAGGCUGGUGGAGGGCCGCAGCAAUCACGUGGCGGUGCAGUGCGGCCAUGUCAGUACCAGCACCCAGGGGUCCGGCUUCCCCAGCAAGAAGGACAGCCCUUACGCUAGGCACAGCUGGAAUCUCAACAACCUCUCCGACAACCCCAAGUGCAUUCUACGGUGCUUAGGACCAGUCUCAGGUGCUACUAUCCCCACUCUCCACAUCGGCAUGCUGUUUGCCACGUCCUGCUGGUGUACUGACGUCCAUCACCUGCCUUACAUACAGUACCUCCACACAGGGGCAGACAUUGUCUGGUACUCCAUUCAAAAGCAGCAGGAGGGGAAGUUGAAGACAGCCAUGAAGGAGUUGGUGCCGUCCCUGGUGUCACACGAGGACCCUCGCUGGCUCAAGGAAGAUACUGUCAUGGUCAACCCAUCUCGUCUGACCUCUAGAGGCGUGACAGUUUCCCGAUGUGUUCAAAGAUCAAAGACAUUUGUGGCCAUCUUCCCCAAGUCCUACACAGCCACCAUCAGCUGUGGCUACAAUGUGUCCGAGUCCGUCCAUUAUGCCACUCGCAAUUGGAUCAGCACCGGGGUUGCUGUAGCGGAGGAUCUCAGUAGGAGUGUGGAGCCAGAGCUGUUUUCUAUGGAUGCCUUGCUGUGCCACCUCGUCUCUGACCCCACUUCCGAUGUUCAGACACUCAAGAUGGCGGUGCCUUUCUUUGACAAAGUCCUGACACGAGAGUUGUCUCUGAGGAAGCAGUUGCAUGAAGCAGGGCUGAAGGUGGUGAAGCGAGGGGGGAUGUUGGAUGACAUGCCGGCAGCGCCGCUGUCCCGCAAGCGCUCGCUGGACCACGUGGAGGACAAUGUCUGUGACAUCUCCAAGAAACACUGCUACUUUUCCAAGGUCGUGAAUGAGUGUGAGAACCUGACUCUCUCCCUGGAGGAGGGACUGAAGCAUAUUCAGAAGAAAAAACAUCUGAAGCACUGCAAGCUGGUGUACAGAUACCCUGAGGAAGAACUGCGGAGCAUGCUGCAGAGUGCCCAGUGCCGGCUGGACAUCAGCGGCAACAGUGACGGUGCCAGCAGCAGCAGCAGCAGCAGCAGCAAGAAGAGGAGCAUGAAGAGGUAGAAGACCGUUGGGCAGUACAGACUUGGCAUGCACUAUAACUGACUGGCAGGCCCACAGAGUGUAGGUCAAGGCGGUCUACAGGGUGUAGGUCAAGGCGGUCUACAGGGUGUAGGUCAAGGCUGUCGACAGGGUGUAGGUCAAGGCUGUCAACAGGGUGUAGGUCAAGGCUGUCGACAGGGUGUAGGUCAAGGCUGUCGACAGGGUGUAGGUCAAGGCUGUCGACAGGGUGUAGGUCAAGGCUGUCUACAGGGUGUAACAUCAUGAAAGACAUUUGAUGUUUUGUGAUACAAGACAAGGAGCUGUGUAGUGACUGGGGACAUUGACUUGGCAGCACCUGGAAAUGUGUGCCGUAUGCAAGCAUGUGAAAGCAAUGGACUGUGUCGGCAGUUGGAAGCUUUGUACUGUGUCAGAAUAUGGAGGCUGUGUACUGUGUCAGAAUAUGGAGGCUGUGUACUGUGUGCCAUGAAAUACUGUCAGUCACUCAGUCACACACUCCUCCAUGCAUGUUUCCCCAGCAGGGACUGUAGUGUUGUACAGCUCGCACGUGUGUAUUGCUGAGUGUUAAGUACCUGUUGUUUGGGUGUAUCCAAGAUGGAGAGGCAACUGUGGAAGAAGGGAUGCUUCACAGCUGUUGGUGUGUUUUUGUAUGUGAGUGAGGUGUUGGCAGGGUGUAGGUCAAGGUUGUCGACUGGAUCAAGACAGGCAUGUAUGCAAAACACUGUUGUCAACACCAAGGGUGACAGAUUUUCUUCUUUUCAUCCAAACUAAUGAAUGAAUUGUUGCCACCAGGAGUGAAAGAUGUGUUUUUGUGUGUAAUUUUGAUUUUGUAAUCUCUUUCAAUAUUUUUAUUUUGUCUACUGAACACAUUACUUUUUUAAACUUGAUUUCUUCCUGAAAUGAAGGAGUGGUUGGGUAGCCUAGUGGUUAAAGCGUUCGCUCAUCACGCCAAAGACCCGGGGUUCAAUUCCCAACAUGGGUACAAUGUGUGAAGCGCAUUUCUGGUGUCCCCCGCCGUGAUAUUGCUGGAAUAUUGCUAAAACCGGCGUAAAACCAUACUCACUCACUCACUCACUUCCUGAAAUGGUACAUAAUUCAUCACUGAUAGUGACUUCUUUAAGUAAUGUAUGGGUUAUCCGGUAGAAUGUUGACCCGACAACAGGACAGUCAACCAACGUGUGGACAAAAGUUGAACAAUAAGUUACAGUGACUGCACAGUGACAAUGACAGAACAGUGAAAUGACAUCACAGUGACAAUGACAGAACAAUGACAUCACAGUGACAAUGACAGAACAGUGGACCCAUGUAUGUACUGUGUUGACACCCUAUGGUCACUGUGAUGUCAUAUUAGGGGAAUGUUGAAGACUGUGUAACAUGCUGGCGUUAACGGCACAUCAUUUUUAGGGCAAACUUCAGUUUCAUUUGGAGCAUUUGACAGAUCUUACAGUGUUUACAUGUUUCAUUGGUUUCAUGAACUUCACAGGGCAGAAGUUGUGUUUAUUGUACAUACAUUUUACAAUUUCCAUUUUAUGUUCCAACAUAAAUGUGUUCAACAGGGAUUAUGUAAAGGAUGUCUACAGAUGUAGGUCAAGGCUAUCAACAGGAUGUAGGUCAAGGCUGUCAUCAGGGUGUAGGUCAAGGCUAUUGACAGGGUGUAGGUCAAGGGUGUUGACAGAGUGUAGGUCAAGGCUAUCGACAGGGUGCAUAUCAAGGGUGUUGACAGGGUGUAGGUCAAGGCCGUCAGUGGGGUGUAGGUUUAGGCUGUCAGUGGGGUGUAGGUCAAGGCUGUCAACGGGGUGUAGGUCAAGGCUGUCAACAGGGUGAAGGUCAAGGAUGUUGACAGGGUGUAGGUCAAGGCUGUCAAUAGGGUGUAGGUCAAGGCUGUCAACGGGGUGUAGGUCAAGGAUGUUGACAGGGUGUAGGUCAAGGCUGUCGACAGGGUGUAGGUCAAGGCUGUUGACAGGGUGUAGGUCAAGGCUGUCUACAGUGUGUAGGUCAAGGCUGUCGACAGGGUGUAGGUCAAGACUGUUGACAGGGUGUAGGUCAAGGCUGUUGACAGGGUGUAGGUCAAGGCUGUGUGGAAGGAGGGUGCCUCACAGCUGUUGUGUUAUAUGCAGAUUCAAGGCUCCCGACACUGAUUGGAGACAUGUUAUGAAGUACCACAAAGUAUUAUAGACAGGCAAGUAUGCACAACACCGUUGUCAACACCAAGGGUGACAGAUUUUGUUGUUUACAUCCAAACUAAUGAAUGAAUUGUAACCACCAGGAGUGAAAGAUGUGUUUAUGUGUGUGAGGUUGACAUUGUAAUCUCUUUCAUUAUUUUCAUUUUAUCUACUGAACACAUUACUUUUUUAACUUGAUUUCUUCCUGAAAUGGUCAUUUUUGAACACAUAAUUCAUCACUGAUAAUGACUUCUUUAAGUAAUGUAUGCGUUAUCCGGUAGAAUGUUGACCCGACAACAGGACAGUCAACCAACGUGUGGACAAAAGUUGAACAAUAAGUUACAGUGACUGCACAGUGACAAUGACAGAACAGUGAAAUGACAUCACAGUGACAAUGACAGAACAAUGACAUCACAGUGACAAUGACAGAACAGUGGACCCAUGUAUGUACUGUGUUGACACCCUAUGGUCACUGUGAUGUCAUAUUAGGGGAAUGUUGAAGACUGUGUAACAUGCUGGCGUUAACGGCACAUCAUUUUUAGGGCAAACUUCAGUUUCAUUUGGAGCAUUUGACAGAUCUUACAGUGUUUACAUGUUUCAUUGGUUUCAUGAACUUCACAGGGCAGAAGUUGUGUUUAUUGUACAUACAUUUUACAAUUUCCAUUUUAUGUUCCAACAUAAAUGUGUUCAACAGGGAUUAUGUAAAGGAUGUCUACAGAUGUAGGUCAAGGCUAUCAACAGGAUGUAGGUCAAGGCUGUCAUCAGGGUGUAGGUCAAGGCUAUUGACAGGGUGUAGGUCAAGGGUGUUGACAGAGUGUAGGUCAAGGCUAUCGACAGGGUGCAUAUCAAGGGUGUUGACAGGGUGUAGGUCAAGGCCGUCAGUGGGGUGUAGGUUUAGGCUGUCAGUGGGGUGUAGGUCAAGGCUGUCAACGGGGUGUAGGUCAAGGCUGUCAACAGGGUGAAGGUCAAGGAUGUUGACAGGGUGUAGGUCAAGGCUGUCAAUAGGGUGUAGGUCAAGGCUGUCAACGGGGUGUAGGUCAAGGAUGUUGACAGGGUGUAGGUCAAGGCUGUCGACAGGGUGUAGGUCAAGGCUGUUGACAGGGUGUAGGUCAAGGCUGUCUACAGUGUGUAGGUCAAGGCUGUCGACAGGGUGUAGGUCAAGACUGUUGACAGGGUGUAGGUCAAGGCUGUUGACAGGGUGUAGGUCAAGGCUGUGUGGAAGGAGGGUGCCUCACAGCUGUUGUGUUAUAUGCAGAUUCAAGGCUCCCGACACUGAUUGGAGACAUGUUAUGAAGUACCACAAAGUAUUAUAGACAGGCAAGUAUGCACAACACCGUUGUCAACACCAAGGGUGACAGAUUUUGUUGUUUACAUCCAAACUAAUGAAUGAAUUGUAACCACCAGGAGUGAAAGAUGUGUUUAUGUGUGUGAGGUUGACAUUGUAAUCUCUUUCAUUAUUUUCAUUUUAUCUACUGAACACAUUACUUUUUUAACUUGAUUUCUUCCUGAAAUGGACAUUUUUGAACACAUAAUUCAUCACUGAUAUUGACUUCUAUUAGUAAUGUAUGGGUUAUCCGGUAGAAUGUUGACCCGACAACAGGACAGUCAACCAACGUGUGGACAAAAGUUGAACAAUAAGUUACAGUGACUGCACAGUGACAAUGACAGAACAGUGAAAUGACAUCACAGUGACAAUGACAUCACAGUGACAAUGACAGAACAGUGGACCCAUGUAUGUACUGUGUUGACGCCCUAUGGUCACUGUGAUGUCAUAUUAGGGGAAUGUUGAAGACUGUGUAACAUGCUGGCGUUAACGGCACAUCAUUUUUAGGGCAAACUUCAGUUUCAUUUGGAGCAUUUGAAAGAUCUUACAGUGUUUACAUGUUUCAUUGGUUUUAUGAACUUCACAGGGCAGAAGUUGUGUUUAUUGUACAUACAUUUUGAAAUGAAAAUAAAUUUCAAUUUUUUAUUCCAACAAAAAUAAAUGUAACAAAUGAUA